AUGAGAAACAACGCCAAGGAGAUUAUCAAAAACUGGGAGAAUCUAGGAUACCAGGCAUUUGAGUUCACGCGGCCAUUCAACCAUAAAUUCAAUACGACGUUGCCGGCAUUCCAGACGAUUGCCCACCAGCAGGAUAACCGAAAGGUGAUGAUCGGAUCUUUCGGGUUCAGAACGAGUGACCUCGGAAGAUUGGUUAGAUGCUUGGUCCGAGAGUACCAUAACAUGGUUCGAAAUUUGCUACCGGACGGGAUGUUGAUGUUGGACGAACUACACGAGGAGUUUCGAAAGCACGCCAAAGAUAUGUUCAGCUGUACGGAUUUAGGGUAUAGUGUUUUCUAUGAAACCAACUAA